AUGAAAGUGGUAGAGCAGCGAGUGCUCCAGGUGAAAAAUGGAGGGAAAUCGGAGGAAGAGGAAUCGGUGGAGGAUUUCAUGCGCGAUGUGGCGGAUAACCUGUCUACAGGGAAUUCACCUGUCGAUGUGAUGAUCCGAACUGGAGGCGAGUAUCGAAUCAGCAACUUUUUGUUGUGGCAGCUGGCAUACGCUGAGUUGUAUAUCGUAGAUGAGUUUUGGCCAGACUUCACGUUUGAAAAACUGAAAGAAGCUCUGAAAUCCGUGUCGAAGCGAAGCAGGCGUUUUGGAAAAUAA